AUGGACAAGCUCUUCCCACAUCCAGAGUACUCCGAGGACCAACCGCAGUCCAAGACAAUAUUAACCAUCCACGUUCUCCGUGCCGGCCUAACUGCUGGCUCGAUCCUCUCCGUCCUAUCCGCAACACUGACAACUCUCUACAAAGAACCAUCUGCCUUUCUAUCAUCCCAACAUGGCAACCGGCUCCUCAUCCAUGCCAGCCGCGGUGGCCUAGCUGGAUUCAUGGUCUCAGGCGUAAUGCUCACUGCAAAAAUGUGGGGGAAAGAGGAUAUUGAGUGGAAAGACAGAUCCUGGAGGUUGCUGGAGAAUAAGGGGCAGUGUGAAGCGGACAGGUGGAUUGCGGCCGGAGGUUUGAUCGGAGGUCUAGGAAUGAUGAUGCUGGGAAAGGGCAGAACUGCCGCUGCUACUGUCACUGCAGCUAUCGACAAAAGACCUACCCUCGUCGUCAAGCCGCUAGACGCUAUAAUGGGCGGGAUAAGCCUGGGAACGGCAUCGGGGGCGGCUGGUUGCAUUGCAUGGAGAAAAGGGGUUCAUGGAGGGAAGUACUAG